AUGCCAACAUCUCUUCAAGGACUAGUCUCUGAAGUCCAUGGUGGCCAACUCUCUGCUGCAUUCGACUACUUUCCUCAUGUGCAGCACUUUGAAACUAUUAGUCUGUCUCACUUUUUCAUUUCUGUUUUCGUAACUACGUUGCCUACUGCAAUGAAUGUCACUUACAUCACUCUUGACGGUCACUUAGAGAUUGAAAAAUACAGAUAUGUCUAUUUUGUCUUCAUGUUUACAAGUUAUGUUCUGAUCCUGUCCAGCAAUUCCACAGUGUUUUGCCUGAUUGUGAUCCACAGAAACCUCCAUGAGCCCAUGUAUGUUUUCAUUGCUGCUCUGCUGAUGAACUCCAUGCUUUUCAGCACCGUGGUCUACCCGAAGCUUUUGAUCGACUUUAUAUCUGAAAAACAGAUCAUAGCUUAUGUAGCUUGUAUCUUUCAGAUGUUUUUGUUCUAUUCAUUAAGCGGCUCUGAAUUCUUACUGUUGGCUGCAAUGGCUUAUGACAGAUAUGUGUCCAUAUGUAAACCUCUGCAAUAUCCAACCAUUAUGAGAAAAAGAAAAGUGACUGUUCUCCUUGUUUUAUCUUGGCUCGUGCCUGCCUGCCAUCUUGUUGUGCCGGCCGUUGGAUAUUCCCAGUUAAAACUCUGCAGCUUUACUUUGAAAGGCAUUUACUGCAACAGCUCAGUGAAUUAUAACUUCUGUGUGACUUCAAGAGUGCUUUAUAUUUAUGGUCUAGUGAUUCUGUUCAAUUUCAGCCUUCUUCCAAUGGUUUUCAUACUGUUCACUUACACAGUGAUCAUCAUAGUGGCCUGUAGGAGCGGUGGGGAUGUGAGGAAAAAAGCAGCACAGACGUGUUUACCUCACCUGCUGGUUUUAUUAAACUAUUCCUGUUUGCUCACUUACGACGUGAUUAUUGUCAGACUGAAGUCUGAGAUUUCAAAGACUGUAAGUUUUGUGAUGACGCUGCAAAUAAUAAUGUACAGUCCUCUUUUUAACCCAGUCGUAUAUGGACUGAAAAUGAAAGAAAUUUACAAACACCUGAAGCGGUUGCUCUGUCACGCCAGAGGAUAA